AUGUUGGUGGAGAGGGAGCAGAGCUGUAGGAUGAAGAUCGUGAGCUGGAAUAUAAAUGGGAUUCGGGCAACUCGGGUUGGACUGAAAGAAAUCCUCGACUCGCUGGAUGCAGACGUUAUCUGCCUGCAGGAGACUAAAGUGACCAGAGACUUGCUUGAUGAACCUACUGCCAUAAUAGAAGGAUACAAUUCCUACUUUAGCUUCAGCCGUGGAAGGAGUGGAUAUUCAGGAGUGGCCACAUUCUGUAAGAACAGCGCAAUUCCACUCGCAGCAGAGGAGGGGCUAACGGGACAGCUCACCAGUCAGAAGGGAUCUGUCGGCUGCUAUGGCAACACAGAAGAAUUUUCAGAGGAGGAGCUGCUGUCUUUGGACCAAGAGGGAAGAACUGUCAUCACACAACAUAGGAUCCUAACUUCCAAUAACAAAGAGGACACGCUGACAGUGAUUAAUGUAUAUUGUCCACGGGCCGAUCCUGAGAAGCCAGAGCGUAAGACCUACAAGUUGCGCUUUUACCGAUUGCUUCAGAUACGGGCAGAAGCUAUUCUGAGGAGGACGGCCAUGUGAUUAUACUGGGAGAUGUGAACACCUCACACAAGCCUGUUGACCACUGUGAUCCCGAUGAUCUGGAAGUGUUUUGCAGAGAACCCAGGGUUGUCAGUGCUGUUGGAUUAUAGUUCCUCUGUGACUCGGCGACAUCUAAAACAAGUGAUGGUGAUCCACCAGAAGGAGGUCUUUUCCUUGAUACCUUCCGUUACUUCCACCCCACUCAGAAGAAUGCCUUCACGUGCUGGCAC